AUUUUAGACUUAUAUGUAAUACUUCUAUUUGGACAGUUUCUAUAAGUGGAAGCUGUUCCGACUAAGGAAGAUAGAACGGUAACGAUUUCUCUUUCCUCCGAGGCUCCAGCUCGGUUUUGCGUAUUCUCAAGCAUGCGCAGUAUGGAUAAAGUGGCCCGAACGAGAGAGAAAAUGAAAAUUGUCGGCAUUGCAACGUAAGGACGCUUUUUCCCAUACCAACUGUCCAUAUAGGAGUAUUACAUAUAUGAUUUUAGCUACCUACACUAAACAUAAUAAAUAUAGGGUAUGUUCUGUGACUAUCAAUUGAGACUGAGUUGAUUUUGAUUGAGACUCUUGAGUAACUGCCUGAAUAAUAAAAAAUGACAUAUUUACAUAAAAACAGUAUAUAAAAUUAUUUUAGUGGUGCUACAAUAAUUUGAAAAAUACAGUAAUUAUUAAAGAAUACGUAAGUUUAUAACUUAUAUUCUUGUGAUCGAAUUUAUAAAUAUUUGAUUCAGCAGAUCAUGAAUUUUUCAACUGGGGUGCUUCCUGUAGUCUUGAGCGUAGGGAUAGUUGUGACAUCGUUUGUUAUAUAUAAAAUAUUUUAUUCAUCUUCAAGCAAAGGCAAAAGCAAAAAAAUAUUGCUCAAAGAUCCACAAACAAAGUACAAACUACCUUUGAUAGAAAAAACUAUAAUUAGCCAUGACACCAGGAAUUUUAGAUUUGGGUUACCAGAAAAGGAUAUGGUACUAGGUCUUCCUAUUGGUCAGCAUAUUGUUUUAUCUGCAAAAAUAAAUGAUGAAUUGGUUAUAAGAUCUUAUACACCAGUAUCAUCAGAUGAUGAUGAGGGAUAUGUCGAUUUAGUGAUAAAGGUAUAUUUCAAAAAUGUACAUCCAAAGUUUCCUGAUGGAGGUAAGUUAACACAACAUCUGGAAGGUUUGAAAAUAGGCGAUACUAUUGAAGUUCGUGGACCUAAUGGCAGAAUUGAGUAUCUUGGUCAUGGUAAAUUCACACUUCGGAAGCUCAGAAAGGAUCCGCCUGAGUCUAUUAACGUCAAGAGAGUGAAUUUGAUUGCUGGAGGUGUUGGAAUAACUCCGAUUUUACAAUUGAUCAGACAUAUUUUAAAGGAUCCUACUGAUCCUACAGAAUGUGCUUUACUAUUUGCAAAUCAGACCGAGGAUGACAUUUUGCUAAGGUCAGAAUUGGAAGCGGCUGUACAAAGUCGCCCCAACAAAUUCAAGUUAUGGUACACUUUAGACAGGCCCGAACCAGGUUGGAAAUAUAGUACUGGUUUUAUCAAUGAAGAAAUGAUAAAAGAUCAUCUAUUUCCUGCUUCCGAUGAUACUUUGAAUCUGAUGUGUGGUCCUCCACCAAUGAUUAAUUUCGCUUGUACGCCGAAUUUGGAAAAACUGGGCCAUAAGAAGGAGAGGUUGAUUGCUUAUUAAUAUAUAAAUAGCGUUUGUUGCAACAUUUGUAAUAACUUUCUAGUUUUUUCGUUGCAGUAAUGCAUGCUUUUCAAUAGUUAACCAUUGUUCUAUUUACUGGCAAAUUUCGAAUAAUUGUAACUGUAAGGGGGCUGUUCUUCUUGAAAAAAAAGUAACAAUUCUUAAUAUCAUUUAUUUCAUUAUAAGGAUAAAAAUUGUGUUAAAAUUAUAAUUGACUUGAAGUAUGUUUGGAAUAAUUUCAAUAAAUAAUAAAAUUUAGAACCAUUACAAAUUUUAUUAAUAAAACAAUCUCCAUUACUUUAGUAUAAAUUUGGAAGAAUUGUUGAUUCACUAUCAGAUUUUAACAAGAUAGUAACUCCUUGCAUAUGAAACCAAGUAUAAAUAAAUAAUCUAUGGACAUGUCUUUUUUUUUUAAUUAAAUCUAAUAAAAGUAUUUAUUUAUCACAAUAGUAUAUAAAUUGUUUUCUUAAAAUUAUAUGAAUCAAUCAAAUAUUUUAAAUAUCUUAUCAUUGCAAUGUAUCAUAAUAUACAUUCACUAGCAAAAUCAAUACAUAAUUUGUUUUGCCAAAAUUUUAAACUAAAUGUGGGAAAUGUGCUUCGGCAAUUGUGGGAAUAUUUUUUGUGAGUCAUGUGAAAUUAUCGCCGACCUCUAUAACAUUAAGACUUCAAGACUUAAGACGUAAGGAUUGUUACAUCUAUUUCACUUUGUUAAUAUUUUGUGUGGUGUUAUUAACGAGAAAUAAGCAAUGACACCACAAGGAGAUGACUUGUGAGUUCAAUUUGAGACCCCGAGUGCAACUAGGCCUCGUUUACUAGGGAGAGAAUACCAUUAGUAGUCGAAUAUAAAGUUUUUCUCAGUCCAAAUUUUUUCUAUUUGACAAAUUUAAUGUGAGGCAGGUUCACAAGAGAGAGUACAUAAAAGCACUUUUCAAAACUUUAAAAUUCCGAGUUUUUGAGUCUUUAAGCCUUACUGUACAGUGUAGUUAUAUAUAUAUAUAUAUAUAUAUAUAUAUAUAUAUAUAUAUAUAUAUAUAUAUAUAUAUAUAUAUAUAUAUUAUCAUUAUCUGUGGUAACUGGAGAAGUGAGAGGUCGACAUGAUAAGAUGUAGCAUUUAACAUUAUGAUGAUGUACUCCAUAUUAAAAAAAAUAUACACCCCAAAGCUAAAAUAAUUUUGUUAACUAUUAUACCAAUGUUCGCUUCAUAGUAAAUUUGAUGAUGUUUCAUAUGCAACAGAAAGAAAUUUUAUAAUAAAAAAUAACUAAUAUACAAAAGGAAAUAACAAUAAAUUAUAUAGAAUACAAAAAUCAUUCAAGUCAAAGAGAAUAAAGUUAAGAUAAAGAAAACAAACAUUAUAUUUAGUACUAAUCUAUAACAAAAUUCUUUUUUUUAUUUCUUAGUAAAGAGUUGAAACAAUUUAUUCAGUAUCACCCUAUUGGAUAAUGAUAAUAAUUUUUGUAGAUAAGAUCUAUUUUGCUUGUUAUUGACACUAGUAGAUUCUACCAAUAUCGGACUACAAUUAAAUUAUUGUUCAUACAUGAAUUACACGUGUAUCAUUGGAACUAUGAAAACCUGUUCAACAGGGGCCCUUGAGAUUAUCACAGAUCUUACAACUCUUCAUCUGGUGAGACAGUUCAGCCCAUGAGGCUUUUAUCAGAAUAUGUGGGGAAUGAGAAUAUUGAAACUUGGGGAAAUUGGUCCUCUUUAACCAAGUAUACCACAUAAGAGAGAAAUGGUUAAAAAAAAGUAUUAAAAAAACUUUACCAUAAUACUAAAUAAAAAAGAUUAUGAAAGGGAAUGAAUCACCCAAACUUUCACAAUAAAUUCUAUUAAAUGGUUCAAUAAUCAUCACAGGAUUUGUCUAUCUAAGACUAUCGCUAGGCUUCAUUGUCGGACAAGCUGAAAUACUUGCAAUUGAAAAUGGAAAUGUGCAUGGAAAGAAUCAUUCAGAUGGCAAGCGAGUCAUAGACUCAUUGAGGGUAGAUGCAUCGAGAAACGAUCUGUGUAUAUGAGAAAGUAUCCGUCGUGUUUUGAAAAAUUGAAUUAUUAUUAUUAGAAUUUCAUAAUUCUUCUAGGUUAUAUACUACAUUGUUUUAAUACUUUUAGGUUAUAUUUACUACAUUUUUUUGUACAACAAGCCGUUGAAAUUUUCAAUAAUGAACUGCUUCAGUUGAAAUGAUAUUAAUUUUUUUACUCUGCAUAAUUCAAUUCCCAUUGCUGCAUGCCUACUAUACCCUUUGUCUACACCAGCGCCAUUCUGGAAGAUUUGUGAGCUGUUAUUUAUCCUAUACAGCUGAAUACCUUUUUAGUUUUACUCCCACAUAAGAUACUUCUUGCCUCUACCCUCCAUACAUCAACUUGUUGACGUGAUACUUAAUGAAGUGAACUUAAUGAAGUAGGCAAGAAUAAGAGUAUCUUUAAUUUGGCUUCCUGAUUACAUUGGAAUUAAACGAGAUAGAAAGGCCAAUACAAUUAGUCUUAAGUUUUCUGUUAUAAAAAUUCUUCUACAAGAAAGAGAACAGUUUUGGAAGGAGGAAAGCUCGAUGCUUGCCUGCUUAAGCUGGAUCAGUUCAAAAAGUUCAAUUAAAAUCGACCAGAUCCAAAAAAGCAAAAACAAAUUUCACCUUUCGGUCAUCUUCCAUACAGGCCAGUGUCGCCUUGUGAAACACCUGAUGAGUAUAGGUCUAACAGAAAUUGACAAAUGUAGAUUUCGUUCGAGGAAAGAUGAAACUGCAGCUCAUCUGUAUCUAAAAUUGGUUGCAGUGUAAUGCAAUAUAAUAUAUAUAUAUAUAUAUAUAUAUAUAUAUAUAUAUAUAUAUAUAUAUAUAUAUUAGGGUGUUUCAAAUUCAAAUUUCCAAAAGUUUGAAUUUCAAAUGACUUUGCUCUUGCCCUGCGUCCAAGUGAUGCAAACGUUAACUGUCUCGAGUUUCAGGACGAUCGGACAACAUUUAGAGGUUGCAUACUUUGAACAUGAACAGUUUUUAACCUGGUUUGUGUAUUUCUAAUUUUGAGUUAUAUCGGAAACACUAAGUUCUAAUGGACUUUGUUUUCUUGUGUUUCAGGUAAUUAAUAUUUAAAAUGGCAACUAAAAGAGGAAUUUGGCUGUUAGAAAAAGUGCCUAGUAGUGAGUUUUUAGGAGCUCGGCUUCCUUUAAAGGAACAAGUACUCUUAGUAUUCAUUCACCAUCAUAAGGAUCUGAACGAAAUACUUUCUGAAGCAGCUAAAUCCACCAGUACUAAACUUCAAGUAGUUUGGAAGAAAGCAAAUAUACCAGUUAAAACUGAAGAAAACAUUCGUAUUAGCAUACAGAAACUGUACAAAGAAUAUCAAAAUCUCGGCAAAGAAAAAUCAAGAAACACGGAUAAGGUUAAGUUAAAACGCGAGAUGUGGAAAGGUGAUCUGGUUGAAUUAUUUGACAUUUCCCGCCAAAAUGUAAUGUAUAUGACUGAAGUAUCACAAGAAGAUAAAGACUUUCUCAUGUCUCAAAGAGAAGUUCAUCAAUGAGUGGUGUUGAUAAGGUUUUUGCCGCUAAAGCUAAAACGAAAACUUUAAAAAAAGAAAAACAAGAGUUAAAUAAAAGCAAACACUUCCAAUCUAUAGCUGAGAUUAAUAAGACAGUAGCAGUCGAAUUCUCAUCUGCGUCAUCAUCCGAAGAUUGAAAAGACAGUGAGUUUUUGGCUCCAGUAACAAAAAAACAACGAGCGAUUCCUAAAUUAAAACCUCUAAAUCAAACACUCACGUCUACUUGGGAUCGGGAACAGCUUUCUGUUCGGCAAGAAAGUACUUCAUUCAUAGCAACAGCAAAGAGUCUUGGUCAUGACGUUUCUAAUAUUCCUGUAUCCCCAUCUACUGUGUAUCGAGCUCGAAUAAUUAACAGAACCAAAAUGGCAGAGAAAAUUGAAGAGUGACUUUUUGAAAAUCCUCCACCUUUGUUAUUACAUUGGGAUAGUAAACUGCUACCCUCAGUAGCCCACGGAAGUGUCAAGACUCUGGAAGAUAGAUUAGCGGUUCUAGUGACUGGAAAAAACUUGAGCAUUUGCUUGGUGUACCGGUUGCUCCAAGCGGAACAAUUAGCUGAAACAGUCAUCCAUGAAGUAGACUGAUUUGGACUACGUGACAAGAUCAUUCGUAUAUAUUUCGAUACAACCGCAUCAAAUACAGGGUUGAUCCAAGGGGCAUGUACAAGAAUUGAAAAAGAGUUAAAUCACACACUGUUAUGGUUAGCUUGCCGUCACCACACCCAUGAACUUAUAUUAAAAGGAGUGUUAUCACACGCCUUCAAGUGGUCCAGACGUGCAGAUUUUCAAGAAGUUUCAAAGUCAAUGGAAUUCACUUGAUCAGAUGUCAUACACAACAAUAUUGGAUGAGGAGAGUUCCUUAGAAGGCCCUCUAAAAGAACAAAGACAGAAGAUGAUAAGUUACAUAGAAAAGGUCCUAAAAACGGGCCGUCAACCUAGAGAAAACUACAAGGAAUUGUUAGUUAUCACUUCUCUACUUAGGGGGUUGGUGUAAGAAAGAGUUCAGUUUUAGAAUCCCAGGAGCUUUGCACCAAGCAAGGUGGAUGGCAAAAGCAAUGUAUGCACUUAAAAUUGCUCUCUUCACUAAACAGUUGAAUUUUCCCUCAACGAGAAUUGAACGCAAUGACAAGAGUCGCACACUUUGUUAGCCUUAUAUAUGUACGCUUUUGGCAUGAGGCGAUUGUAAGUAGGUAUGCUCCAAAGAAUGAUUUGGAUAUGAUUCAGCUUCUCAAAGCUUAUCCUAAUGAAGGCGUUCAAAAAAGUGCACUCACUGUCGCUAAGAGGCAUCUGUGGUAUUUAUCCGAAACUAACGUGGGACUGGCUUUUGUGGAUGCACGUUUUCCUAAGACUAAAGGAAAACAUGUUCUUGAAUUUAGACCAAAAACCUGCAAAGAAAAAAGAAACAAAAAGAUUAGAAAGCAAAACCUUUGAUUUUGAAGGGAAGGACAUCAGUGUCUUUGUUGCUAAAAAAACAAAACUUUUCUUUGAAAUGUUUGGAAUUACCGAUAUCACAGAAUCCUGUAUGGAACCUCUACGAAGUCAUGUUGAUGCACUUAAGGUUGUUAAUGAUACUGCAGAGAGAGGUAUUGCAUUAAUAAAACAGUUCAAUGAAUCAGCAAGAGACGAACAACAAAAACAAUUCUUAUUGAGGAUCGUCGAACAUCACAGAAAAGCCGUCACUAAACGAACUAAAAAGGCUAUUGCAUCGUACAUAGUUGAAUAAUUGAUACAAUGUGUGAUAUUUUUUACUAAAGGACUAUCUUAUUGUUUAUAUCAAUCAUUAUCUUAAGCUUGUGAUUUAUAAUUUCAGCAAUAAAAUCAAUUUAAGUUGAAAAUUUGUAUUUUGUAAAUACUUACCCAAAAAUGUUCAAAGUGUGCAACCUCCAAAUAUUAUCCAAUCAUCUCCAAAUUUCACACAGAUAACUUAUACAUCACCUAGACUCAGGGCAAAAGCAAAGUCAGCAAGAAUUUUACAUUUUAUUUUUUACCAUUAAAAAUGAAACACCCUAAUAAAAUAAAAUAAAUACCUAAACACCCUAAAUAAAACGUUUAUAUAUAUAUAUAUAUAUAUAUAUAUAUAUAUAUAUAUAUAUAUAUAUAUAUAUAUAUAUAACGUCUUAUUUAUAAAAAAUUCAAGUUAUGUAUAUAACAUGUUUGUUAAUAUAUAAUAAUUAAAUAGACUUACUUGAGGAUGAAUUCCUAGGUGUUAUCAUAACGCAGUAAGUCAUGGCAAAAGAUUGUGAAGUUGGAUUUCACAUUAACAAUGCAUGUUUGAUUUGCAAUUUUAAAAAUAGUUGAAGUGUGGCUCAAUAAAUAGAAUGCUUCUAAACUGAUGAUCUAUCGUAAUAUAAUUAGUGAAAUAAUAAAAGAUCAAAUUCAGUUUUUUAUAUUUUUACUGGCUUUUGGUUUUAAUGUAACUUCAUUUUUUUGUAAAAAUAUACUGUAAGAUUCAAAAUUUCCGUCCUAAGGAAGAUCAAAGUAAGCCAUAACUGGUACAAUGGUAACUGCUUAAAUGUUGAUAUUUUUUUUACAAAGUUGUUAGGUUUCGUAGUAAUGACGUUUUCUGAAUGGACACUCUUUUUUCUUGCGUAUUGAAUUGGACCUGAGAGAAUCAUUUCCAAUAACAAGUAUUGAGUUUUUUUUUGUAACAUUGUAGUUUUUGAUAUUCCAUCAAUUAUUUAGGCCUGGUUGUUACUUUUGUCAUAUAACAAUUUCAAUAAUAAAAGAUAUUAAUUUGUCCUUUACUCAGCUUUAUUCGAGUGUUAAAUUUGGAUAGCAUAAUUUAAUUUUUACUCAAUUUUUCCCUUUAGUACCUCGUACAGGCAAUUUU